UCGUCGUCCUGAUUGUCGUCUUCCUCCACGUGUGUUUUUCGUGGCGGCAGUGGAAACAACAACGCAAGAGGAGGGCUUCGACGAGAUGGGCGGCAGGCGAACGUCUAAUGGCGGGCAUGCAGGCACGACCGGCUGCUGCGGUCAGGGAGGAGUUCGAUCUUCUGCAGUGGAGCCUCGAAGGCGGUACGACCCGUCCAUGUACACCCAUCUGGAGUCGUGGGACACGCCAUUGCCCCCGUCGGACGAGGAGCCGGAGAAGGAAAAACUUUCGACGUUGCCUUUGAGACUCGCUAGUGGCUCGACUCAGUUGUGGUUGCGGACGGUGCGAGCAGACAGGUCGGAUCCCGACAAAGGGGGCGAGUUCACAUCAUUGUUGCGUCAAGGCUUGCGGGACGACGACGGCGGAGGAGUUGAUCUGAGGUUCGGGUUAUGUUCUGGCGGCGGCAGGGAGGCGAGCCGUACGUUCAUCAUCGACGGAGAUCGUUCGGCACGUGGCAUUAAGCAUGGUGGACGUCUGCAUACGGAGCAGUCCACACCUCGUCGCGCUGCACCCGUGACUGGCGCGGUCGGGCCAUCGCCAGCGGGACGGCAGCAUGGAUCGACUGCUCCGUCCGUCGAUCGAUUGACACCGACCUGGCCCGCACCCCCCGGGGUGGCAGCAGGGCUCCUGCGCAUGGGCGGUGCACGUUCGUUGAUGUCUGCGUGCACAACACCGAUCGAAUCCGGAGUGAGGGACGCAGGAACGUGCAGAGCGCCGGUACGUCCACGACCCACUGUGGAGAACAUAACACGUGGAGUGUCGAGCAUGCGGACACACAGCGAUGGAGGCGAAGACGACGUUGGAAUCGGUGACGACACAGGCGAAGGGAUGAGGGAAGACAUGGAAGCCGGGGACGACGACGACGACUUUCCAAUUCGGCCUUCAGGGAAGACGGCUGGGAGGGGGAGAGGACGCGGCAGAGGUGGUGUACGUGGUCGAUCCGUUGGUCGUGGAGGCAGAGGUGGCGUAAGUGACGACGCCAGGAAGUCUCCGACGUACUGGUCUACAAAAGACCAAAUGCUCCUGGUGCGAUGCAAGCGGGAGCAAGAUAUGCACCUCGUUGGCUUGUCUUACAAUUACGGGCGGAUGAAGACGAAAGAGUGGAAGUGGGAGGACAUGUCGAAGCGGAUGGCGAAUGCGGGGAGGCCGAAGGACACUGACGACUGCAUGAAGAAGUGGGAUAAUCUGUUCCAGAACUACAAGAAAAUUUAGAGGUUUCAGAAUGUCAGCGGGCGGCCAGAUUUUUUCAGGCUGACGAACGAAGAGAGGAAGGAGCACAACUUCAAGUUCCGAAU